UUCAGAUGUUCCAGUCCGGCUCCAGCACGGGCGACAUCACGUCGCACUAUUUCAACAUCACCGAGCCCGCCGCCGCCGCCACCUCUCCCUCGGCCUCCGAGUCCUCGACGUCUGUGACCUUCUCGUCCGGGUCCGCGACCUCGUCACCGUCCUCGAUCACGGACAAAAAAGAUAACAACAGCGGCGGCAUUCCGGGCGGCACCGUCGCGGGCAUCGCCGUCGGCGCGGCGCUGGGCGCCUUCGCUAUCGCCGGCCUGGCGGGCUGGAUGCUCUGGAGGCGGCGGAAGACGAGGGGAAAGAACGCAGGCGCGAGCGGGUCGUUGGGGUUGGUGCAGGAGAACAAGAUUUCCGACGAGAAAGAGUACUACGCUGGGCCGGUCAGCGGCGGCGGCGUGUCGGGUCGGUAUGAGCUUGACGACGCGCGGCAGGGCGUGUAUCGCCAACGCGAAUAG